AAUCACUCUGCUCUGUCUCUCUCUCUAGAGAAUCUUAACACACACCUCCAAGUGAACCUGCUCCAGUAUAAUAAAAAGACACACAGCAGGCAACCCACUCUUCUACUGCAACUCUCGUCUCUUCUACUUUUCUAGAUCUCUCUCAAUCACCAAAAUCAUUAUCUCCUCUUCUUCACAAUGUCUAAAUCAAACGACGAAGAAGAAGAAGACUCACUCCCUCCAAACCAAAACACAAAACCUUCAUCUUCAUUACAAAGACCACCACUUCUCACCAAAUCCAAAGCCUUAACCGAACUACGCGCCACCACCACCACCACUGGCCCCGGUGGUGCCGAAACCAAUCCACUCUUCUCCACCGUACGACGUAUCAACACUCUCACCACCUCCGCCUCCGCUUCUUCUCGGCCGUCAGAUCAUCCUCUUCGUGUCUCCGUCUCUUCAUCCAUCGGCCUCGAUCAAUCCUCCUCCGCCUCUUACUUCUCCUAUCCAAAUAGAACUCGCGUCCACGUCGAGCCUCGCAGUACGAAUCCUAAUCCUGACCGUCCGAUUGUUGUUGUGGGUGAUGUGAAAUCUGCAGCGUCGCCUGAGAAUCACCAGAUUGCGGCUCGGAAUGAUAUAAAUAGUAGGGAUUCAGAUUCUGAAACUGACAAGCUUAUGGUGAGUCAGUCGAGUUCGGCGAGUCAGGCGAGUUCGGUGAGUCAACUAGCUGCGAGGAGGACUCGGGAAUUUAAUCAGUCGUUCAUUCUAUAUUUGCUCAGUUUCACUUGUAUAUUAUCUGUACCUUAUGCAGCUUAUCUACAAAACAGAGUUGCAAAACUUCAGGAAGAGAAAAGUAACCUUUGUUGUCUUUGUGGUGAUAAACAUAUUUGUAAUGGUUCAAUUCCUCAUUUUGGUAAUGCUAAUAGUAGAACCGUUGCCUUGUAUACAGUGGUGUUCACAAUCUUUAUGCCAUUUAUGUUUUACAAAUAUCUGGACCGUCUUCCCCCAAUUAAAAGACUUUCGAAGAGUACAAAGAUUAGCAAAGAGGAGGUUCCCUUGAAGAAGAGAGUUGCAUACAUGGUGGAUGUGUGUUUCUCUAUAUAUCCUUAUGCAAAGCUGCUUGCACUUCUCUUUGCAACUAUAUUCCUUAUAGGAUUUGGUGGAUUGGCAUUGUAUGCAGUAAGUGAGAGUAGCCUUACUGAAGCUCUUUGGCUUGCCUGGACUUUCGUAGCUGAUGCAGGAAAUCAUGCAGACAGGGUUGGCACUGGGCCAAGGAUUGUUUCUGUCUCCAUAAGUGCAGGAGGCAUGCUUAUAUUUGCAAUGAUUCUUGGGCUUGUUUCUGAUGCUAUCUCAGAGAAGGUGGAUUCACUGCGGAAAGGAAAGAGUGAAGUCAUUGAAAGGGACCACAUACUUAUUCUUGGAUGGGGUGAAAAAUUGGGUUCACUCUUGAAGCAGCUUGCAAUUGCAAACAAGAGUAUUGGUGGUGGAGUUGUUGUUGUACUUGCAGAACGAGACAAGGAGGAAAUGGAGAUAGACAUAGGAAAGCUAGAAUUUGACUUCAUGGGGACAUCUGUUAUAUGCCGAAGUGGCAGUCCUCUUAUACUGGCUGACUUAAAGAAGGUCUCAGUUUCAAAGGCACGUGCUAUCAUUGUAUUAGCGUCACAUGAAAAUGCUGAUCAGAGUGAUGCACGUGCUUUGAGGGUUGUGCUCAGUCUCACUGGAGUGAAAGAAGGUUUAAGGGGUCAUGUUGUUGUGGAGAUGAGUGACAUUGAUAAUGAGCCCCUGGUGAAGCUUGUUGGAGGGGAUCUUAUUGAAACAGUAGUUGCACAUGAUGUAAUUGGGCGCUUGAUGAUACAAUGUGCUCUGCAACCUGGCCUUGCACAGGUUACUUACUAUGCUACAAUAUGGGAGGAUAUAUUGGGGUUUGAGAAUGCUGAAUUUUAUAUCAAAAGGUGGCCUGAGUUGGAUGGUCUGCAUUUUAAAGAUGUUCUUAUUUCAUUUCCUGAUGCAGUUCCCUGUGGAAUUAAGGUGGCAGCUGAAGGCGGAAAGAUAGACAUAAAUCCAGAUGAUGAUUAUGUUUUGAAAGAAGGGGAUGAAGUCCUUGUUAUAGCUGAAGAUGAUGACACUUAUGCUCCAGAUCACCUUCCAGAGGUAUGUAGGGGUUUUUUUCCAAAAAUACCCGACCCUCCAAAAUAUCCCGAGAAGAUAUUGUUUUGCGGCUGGCGCCGUGACAUUGAUGAUAUGAUUAUGGUUCUAGAGACAUUUUUGGCUUCAGGUUCACAACUGUGGAUGUUUAAUGAGGUUCCAGAAAAAGAAAGAGAGAAGAAGCUGACUGAUGGUGGACUUGAUGUAUCUAGAUUAGAGAACAUAAAACUUGUCCAUCGUGAGGGGAAUGCUGUCAUUAGACGGCAUUUAGAGAAUCUUCCUUUAGAGACAUUUGAUUCUAUUUUAAUUCUUGCAGAUGAAUCGCUGGAGGACUCUGUUGUGCAAGCUGAUUCACGAUCUCUUGCCACUCUUCUUCUUAUACGAGAUAUACAGUCAAAGCGUCUUCCACACAAAGAUACAAAGUCAAAUUCUUUACGGUUCUCUGGGUUCUCUCACAGCUCUUGGAUCCGUCAAAUGCAACAAGCUUCAGACAAAUCAAUAAUUAUUAGCGAAAUCCUGGAUUCUAGGACUAGAAACCUGGUGUCAGUGUCCAGAAUCAGUGACUAUGUGUUAUCAAAUGAACUGGUCAGUAUGGCACUAGCAAUGGUGGCUGAAGACAAGCAAAUAAAUCGUGUUCUUGAGGAGCUGUUCGCAGAAAAGGGAAGCGAGAUGUGUAUCACGCCUGCAGAAUUCUAUUUAUUCGACCAGGAAGAACUCUGCUUUUAUGAUAUAAUGAUUAGAGGUCGUCAAAGGCAGGAAAUUGUGAUUGGCUACCGCACUGCAAAUGCAGAGUGUGCCAUAAUCAACCCUCCACAGAAGUCAGAACCAAGAAAAUGGGCCAUUGAUGAUGUUUUUGUUGUCAUCUCAUCAGGUGAAUGAAAUGCAUAAUAGUUAUUUUACACUAACCUAUGCUGGCCCAACUGAUCCUUGCCCUCUCAGCCAUAAUAUUAGUCAGUAACAUUAAGCAUUUAGCUGUGAAUUCAUCUCUGCAAGAAACCUAUUUAGUUAAUGUUGCAAAAGAAUCUGAAGGCUCCUAUUGAAGGUGGUGAGGUCUCCAUUCACUACAAAGAUACAUUGAUGAUGAUUUCUUGUUCCCCAAACGUAAUUUUUGCAAACACAGGCUUAUUGACUUAACUGGAUUGGACGAUACACACCGGUUAGUUGACAGCAAGGGUGAAGGGUUUACAGUGAUUCACAAAUAUGUUGUAGAGUUAUGUUUAAAUUUAUGUUAGAAAGUUGGUAGAUCGAAUGAAUGGAACAACAUUCUGUGGGAAAAUUCCCUUGUAAGGCCAUUUUUUGUGUAAUAUUUUUUUUUUUGAGAAACGUGUAAUAUUAUUAGUUAUUCCUUAUUUAUCUGGAAUUCCUGAAACUGAAUUCUGAGGGCAUUUUCUAGUUAACCCCUCAGCUACUAGCACAUAUUUUUUUUGUACCCCCUUUCGAAGGAUUUGUAACAUAGCAAGAAAUAGGUAGUUAUAUGAUCAAUUCAUGUAGACAUCAAAAAAGCAAUAUUAGAUUCUAA